UCACUAGCGCAACUUGACCCGGAGGAGAAGCUAAUCGGCCAUUUUGGGCUAAAGGGGGCUUUUCUGGCACCACGUGAGGGUGGAGAGCCCGAAAAGGGAGCAAUCGAGAGUGAGUGAAGAGUCGGAGAACAAGGGGGCGAAUCGGGAGACGCAUUUAAUCUCUCACAUUCAUUCACAUGUGCUGAGCCUUAGGAAAAUAGCGUUAUUAGCUAGCGACCUUGCACGAUGCCGACAAUUACUCUACCACCGAAAGAAAACGCUCUCUUCAAAAGGAUUUUGAGAUGCUACGAGCACAAGCAGUACAGAAAUGGGCUGAAAUUCUGCAAACAGAUCCUGUCCAAUCCCAAGUUUGCAGAGCAUGGAGAGACAUUGGCAAUGAAGGGGCUCACCCUCAACUGCCUGGGCAAGAAGGAGGAGGCAUACGAGUUAGUCAGAAGAGGCCUGCGCAAUGAUCUGAAGAGCCACGUCUGCUGGCACGUGUACGGCUUGCUGCAGCGCUCCGACAAGAAAUAUGACGAGGCAAUCAAAUGUUACAGAAAUGCACUGAAAUGGGACAAGGACAACCUGCAGAUCUUAAGAGACCUCUCCCUGCUACAGAUCCAAAUGAGGGACCUGGAGGGUUACAGGGAGACCCGGUACCAGCUUCUGCAGCUGAGGCCAGCCCAGAGGGCCUCGUGGAUCGGUUACGCCAUUGCAUAUCACCUCCUCGAGGACUACGAGAUGGCUGCCAAAAUUGUUGAAGAGUUCAGAAAAACACAACAGACUUCUCCAGACAAAGUUGACUACGAGUACAGUGAGCUGCUGCUAUACCAGAACCAGGUCCUGAGAGAGGCAGGCCUCUUUAAAGAAGCACUGGAGCACCUCCUCACCUACGAGAAACAGAUCUGUGACAAACUGGCCGUGGAGGAGACCAGAGGUGAGCUCCUUCUGAAACUCGAGCGGUACGAGGAGGCCUUGGAGGUGUACCACCGUCUCCAGGAGCGCAACCCCGAGAACUGGUCCUACUACCACGGCCUGGAAAACGCCCUCAAGCCAGCGAGCGUGGAGGAGAAGCUGAAGAUCUACGAGGAGGCAUGGGUCAAGUACCCCAAGGGGCUGGUGCCGAGGAGGCUGCCCCUUAACUUCUUAUCUGGGGAAAAGUUCCGCGAGUGUCUGGAUAAAUAUUUAAGAAUUAACUUCAGCAAAGGCUGCCCUCCUGUCUUCACCACCCUCAGGUCCCUGUAUCAUGAUCAAGAAAAGGUGUCAAUAGUCGAAGAAUUAGUAGUUGGUUUUGAAACCUGUUUAAAUAGCUGCCGAAUGUUCAAUCAAAAUGACGAUGGCAAAGAGGAGCCCCCCACCACGUUACUGUGGGUCCAGUACUUCCUGGCCCAACAUUACGACCAGAUUGGCCAGCAGAGUCUGGCCUUGGAGUACAUCAACGCUGCCAUCGAGAGCACGCCCACCCUGAUUGAGCUGUUCCUCGUUAAGGCCAAGAUCUACAAGCAUGCUGGGAACAUCCGGGAGGCGGCCCGCUGGAUGGACGAGGCUCAGGCUCUGGACACGGCCGACCGUUUCAUCAACUCCAAAUGCGCCAAGUACCUGCUCAAGGCAGGCCUCGUCAAAGAGGCCGAGGACAUGUGCUCCAAAUUCACACGGGAGGGGGCCUCUGCCGUGGAGAACCUGAACGAGAUGCAGUGUAUGUGGUUCCAAACAGAGUGCGCUCUGGCCUACAAUUCCAUGAAGAAAUAUGGCGACGCUCUGAAGAAGUGCCACGAGAUCGAGAGGCACUUUGUGGAGAUCACGGACGACCAGUUCGACUUCCACACGUACUGCAUGCGCAAGAUGACGCUGCGCUCGUACGUGGAGCUGCUCAAGCUGGAGGACGUGCUGCGCAUGCACCCCUUCUACUUCAAGGCCGCCCGCACCGCCAUCCACAUCUACCUCGGUCUCCACGACAACCCGCUCGCCGACGACAACAAGGAACUGCAGGCCGAUACGGCCAACCUGUCGGACAAAGAGCUGAAGAAGCUGCGGAAUAAGCAGAGGCGAGCCCAGAAGAAGGCCCAGCUGGAGGAGGAGAAGAAGAACGCAGAGAAGGAGAAGCAGCUCAAGAACCAGAAGAAGAAGAAGGAGGACGAUGAUGAGGAGAUCGGAGGCCCCAAGGAGGAGCUUAUACCAGAGAAACUGGCUAAGGUGGAAAAUCCCUUAGACGAGGCUGUGAAGUUCCUGACGCCAUUAAAACAUCUGGUGAAGAAUAAGAUAGACACUCACUUGUUGGCAUUUGAGAUCUACUUUAGAAAAGAGAAGUUCUUGUUAAUGUUGCAGUCGGUAAAGAGGGCCUAUGCCAUAGACCCAGACCAUCCCUGGCUACACCAGUGUUUAGUACGCUUCUUUAAAGGAGUGUCGGAAAGCAAGGACCUAGCGGAUGCUGUGCACACCGUGCUGAAGCAGGAGAUCUCCCGGCUCUUCGGAGACAGCAACGCAAAGAGCUACAACCAGACCUUCCUCACCAAGCACUCCGACUCCAUCCCUCACAGAUUAGCGGCUGCCAAGAUGAUGGCCUACUUGGACUCAUCCACUGAGAGGAAGGCCAUGGAGCUGGCUACAGCACUGGACGAGUCACUCACCAACAGAAGCAUUCAGAUCUGCACAGAUGUCCUGGAAUGCCUGCAGGACGGUAGCUUUGGCGAUGCUAAAGAGACGGCGGCAGAGAGUUACCGGGCGGAAUGCCACAAGCUGUACCCUUACACACUGGCCUUCAUGCCACCCGGCUACGAGGAGAACACCAAGAUUGCGAUCAACGGCGACGUCUCCACGGAAACCGAGGAGCUGGCCAACGAUAUGUGAGGCGGCGGA